UUGGGGCUCCUAUGGCAACCAGCCUGCGCGUGCCGCUCGCCUGGGCGCGGCUGGCAGGAGCAAGCCGGAGCAGCCGCCGAGGACGAGACAUGCGAGCGUCUACCGGGGAAUCGCCGGAGACCAAGGCGGGGGACUCCGGGAGCCGGAUCUACGGCGAGAGCAACGAUGGGGGGCAACCCUCUAUCAUGAUGAGUCAUCCUAGCUGGGAUGUGCAAAGAAGAGCAACUAAGAUGAUCGAAGGCAUGGAGACCAGAGGGAAGAAGUUCGUGUAUGUUGAACCACCAAGAAGAGUGAGGGAAGUCCUUGAGGAAGAGCUGUAUUUCCAGAGGGAUGAGUGCAGAAUGAGACAUCCUUCAGAAGUGGCUCUGGAAAGAAUUUGGAGCUUGAAAAGAAAUUUUCCCGUGGGAGCCUUCAACCCAGCAUCACAGAAUCAAAGCUGCUUCCUUUCUCAACCUUACUACUCCAGGCAUGCAGUCAUAAGAAGAUAGUCAUUCUGAAAAAUUGAAUCUCCUCUGAUGGAAGUCACAGAAGAAAAGCAGACCUAUGGCUGUCACAUUUAUCUGAACAUAGACAACUAUAUUUUAGUAUUUAUAAAGUUGCUUACAAAAUAAAAUUUGAAGCUAUGCACCUGCCAACCAGUGUAUCUAAGAUGA